CCCAAUAAGAAAUGCCAUUAUUUUUCUGAGUCGUUCUAUUGGUUACUUUUACGUAGUCUAUUAAGUACGAUUUUCAUUAUUGGAAAUUUUUUUGAGUUCUUUUUUCAUUCGGUAAUUUUUUUUCAUUUCCUGGUAAAUUUAUAACAUAUCACACAUAAAAAAUCGUGUAAGUAACAUGUGCAGUAAAGUCACAAAAGCAGUCAAAACAUCUGUAACUCAACCUUAAAGUUGACGAUUGAGUUACACUUAUGGUUUAGAUGUAUGGCAGACGACAAAGAAGUUUGGAAUCUGUCAUUUCGAUGUUAAUCGUAACAAUAUUCCCUUAAGCAUUAGUAGUUUCAUAAAAACAAUUCUUACCACAAUUACCCUAAUAGUUGAUGAUGUUAUAGGAAAAUAAAUUACGUUGGAACGUGUACAAACUAUCCAUAUUUCUGUACGUCUUGAACAAUAGGGUUAUGAGGCUCCAAUUUCGAAGUCUCGCUGUUCAUAAAUAUUUUUUCAGUGUUUUUAGUAUAAUUUGUGUGUUACACGAUGGCUGAAAAAUGUAAGGAAUGUGGCUGCAAAUGCGUGAGCUGCAAUCAAAAUGAUCAGCAACAUGGAGAAAUGCAUUUGCAUGUAGAAAUAGAAAAUUUGCGCCAACGUUUAAUGGAAAGGGAUAAUCACAUUGUGACAAUGGAGACACAAUUCCUAAAUGAAGCUGAUAAGUUUCCAAAUGGAGAAUUAGCCUCCAUGAAGGAAGAAAUCUUAAUUUGGCAGGAAAAGUAUUCAAGAUUAUAUGAAGCUCAUAAACGUGUUCAAAAAGUUAAUCAAAAUCUUGAAGAUAAAUUAUUGAGGAUUGUAGAUAAAUGUGAAACAGAAAAAAGUGCAUUUACUAAGGAUAUUGCAACUUUAUCUCAUAGAUUAGCUGAUGCAAAUUAUACAAUACAUCGUUUAACCCAAGAUAACGAAAAGUAUAGAAACGAUGUAAAUUUGGCAAUACAACUACUCCAGUGUAAACCUUCUAAUUUUGUUGGACAAAAAUAUGAUUCUUUGCCUUCUGAGGUACAAGCCAAAGUUAGGACAUACAUUGCACAAAAGAAACAUUCCAAUGAUACGGCACCUGCUGAUGUAAAAAGUAUUACAGUGCCAAUUUCAACGUUUCCUCCAACCGCAAUGGUAUAUAAUGUAACUAAAUCUACAGAAAACAACAGCGACGAUGACACAGAUGAUUCCAAGCCACCAGUGGAUGUCGUCUCAGCAGCGAUAAUGGCGAAAGUUUUAGAAGACCGAGAAAAAGAAAGAGUAUUUGGCAAACAUUGUGACACGUGUACUUGUCACAAAAGUAUCUUGAUGGUUGACGCUGAAACUCAGACCAAUACGCCCGUUUUUUUUUGUAACGAAUGUACAAUGAAAUAUGCACAAAAUGUAGAAAAACAGUCUGAUAAUUUGAAAAAUAUUGACAAAAAUUGCCAAAAUAAAGGAAGUCAAAACUCUUUGGUGCAUGUAGUUUAUCACGAAGGAAACGAAAGUGUUAGUAGUAAAAUACAUCAGAAUAAUUGUACAAAGAAUGGUAAUCACCAACUAUGCACAAGAGACAAAUUUUUAAGUAGAAAUUUUAAUAAAAAAAAUUCAAUACGCCGUAGCGAUCCGCAACACCAAAGUGUAUUCCAGAAUCAGAGCGAGAACAUGAGUAAACAGACGAUACCUUAUAAAAUUAACGAUACAUGUCUUAACAGUAAGAUAAAUGUCGAUAAAGGAAAGCAAACGAAGCUGAAUAAAAAGUAUGAAUUACAAAUCGAUGGCAAAUUCAGUUCAAAUUCUUGGAAUAAAUCUUCCAAUUGUAAUCACAUAGUUCCUGAAAAUUGUAAAAAUUACUUUGAUAAAAAAGAACCGAGUCACGUCGAUAUUAUUAACGAUAGAUUAUGGAAAAACGAGUGGACGAAAUUAAAAUCGCAGACUAAGACGAAAGAAAAUAAAGAUAAAGUUAAUAGUGAUAUCGAGAUCGACAUAAUUAACGAUAGGGCUUGGAAAAAUGAUAGAUCAACUCAAGACACUCAUCAUCCGACGCAAUUAACUUUAAUAGAAGUCAAGAAUAUUGACAAUGUCGCACAUCAAAAUGAUUCUGGGCAAAUAGAAAUAGCCACUAGUCCAAGUUUUAGUAGCGAUAGUAUUGUAAUUUCAACUUCCGAUCCUUCCAGUAGUUCUAGUGAUGUCGUUCAAUUAACUGGAAUGCGUUUGCAUAAUAAUGCUAGUAACUUGAAAUCUAAUACUCAGAACAGAAUAACUGGUCCAAGGAAUUGCCUCGUAAGAGUAACAUCUGGAUCGAAGAAUAUUCUUUUAGAUAAUGCUGGACAUUAUAAAACUGUAUUAUACACUAGUGGAAAUAAUAAACCAAACACCGCUUUAGUUCACUCGAAAAAAUUAUCUCGAUCUGGAUCCGAAAGAUCAAUUUCAACCAGUAGCGAAGAAAAUACUCCGAUGUUGCUACAUGACAAUAAUCAGUUGCAAAGAGUAGCUGAAUGGGUUCAAUCUUCAGUUCACAUGGACAGUUCUAGGUCAAAUUACACGGAAUUAAAGCCUAAUGAAAAUAUAAUUGAGAAAAGUCUUUCGUUAACAUACUUGGAGGAGUCGCAAACGAAGUCCAAAUUAGUCGAAAAUAAUCGAGAAUUAUACGAAGAUUCAUCAAAGAAUAAGUGUAAAAAUUUAGCGGUGGACGUCCAAGAGUUUAAAGGAGGCAAUUUAAAUAAUGAUGUAAAUAAUUUUUCAUUGAAUGUAAAUAACACUGAUGUAGAAAAGGAGAAAGAUUUAAUAUCUUUCGACGUUCCAACGGAAGAGGAAAAUGUCUUGCCUAAAAUAUUGAAGAAACCAGUCACUGCGGAUUUUGAUUACGAAGUCAAGAUCACUAAAGAAAUGGAAGAAACUUAUUUAAAACUUGCAGCGAGUUUAGACCCUGUCGCGUUAAGCCUGUCGAGCACAGAUAAUGCGGAUUUAACGAUCGAGAAAUAUAGGAAAAAUCAUAAGAGAUUUCAAAGGAGCCACGAUAAAACGGGAUCAAAAGUGUAAAGUAUUCCAGCAAAUAUUUCAAAUAAAUUAUUACUAUUUCAGCAGGGAGUUCCUUUUAAAGAUAAAGAGCAUUAUUUUUUGUAACUACGUGAAACUAAGGCUGUACCAAGAACAGUAGCGUAGGAUAAAGCACAUUCUAUACACCACUGCAGAUAGAAUUAUAUUUAGUAUUUAAUUUGUAUUAACGAUAAUAGUGCAAUAUUUUUGUCCUGUGAAUAAAAGAAUAAUUUCACAGCAAUCACGCAACAUUGCUGAGUACGCUAUUAUUUAACAGCUACAUUAGUCUACAUACUUGUGUAGUUUACGUGUAUAAUUUAGUUCAAAUUACUUAAAAAUUGAGUAGUUCUUUUUAUCAAAUUGUUUCUUAUAUUUAAAUGACACUGAAAUGCUUUACAAAAGAUGUAAUGUAUCACUUAUUUUCUCUCCUUUGAUUCUCUACAGUUUUGUAUAGAUCGAUCGGAAUCUGAAACAUAGCCCGACUAAAUUAGAUGUUUAAACUUUUAUUCUUGUUACUGCGACUAAAUAUUAUAGGACGAAUUGCGUUCACGUGUAUUCAAACAAGACAAUAUUUAACAAAAAUUCGUUGUCAAAAUGUCGUAACACUAUGCUCAUAGUGCGAGUGCAUUAGUGCGUGCUACUUCCAAUUAUUCGAGCAACAUAACGUGAAUAUUUUACCUUGUGAGUUCUCUUAAAAUUCGACAUGAUAAUAUUUUACAGCGUUGAUGCGUAAACUUCAAAGUUUUAUUCAACGAUCCUCGCAAAUGAAUAGACGACAGAACGAUGUUAUUAUUAUUAUUUUUUCAACACGUUCGAUAAAAUACAAAAUGUAUUCGUGACGUGUUUUUUGAAAUUCGCGAUUUAUUUAUGAACGCGUUUACGCGAUUCAUAAAUAAAGUAAUAAAGAUUUGUUUCGCGCAAAGAUCAUCGUCUGUGUUAAAGAAUAGUUACGGCACCAAAGUUAAAAGAUUAAUACUUCUAUAGUACUUCAUUAAUGUUUCACUUAAUUUAAUAUAUAAUUAUUAUAAUGUAAUUACCUAUGUUCGUUUGCAUGUCUUGUUACACGUUUAUGUUAAAGAAUGCCUUGAAUCACAGUGAGGAGAUGACGAUUAUAAUGUUGCUGGCAUGUAAUUAAAGUAAAUUGGAUCGUUACCUGAUUUCGAUGUUAAUACAAGCUCGCUGUACUUUGAUCGAAUUAUAACCGAUCUCUUACAAAAAAAAAAAAAAGGUAUAAUAAUAAGGUAUAAUAAAAAUUAAAAAAAAAAAAAAAUAGUCCAAGAAGAGAGAUAAUGUAAACUUUCGCUUUACUAAGUUUUUAGAAUUCUAAUGUCAAAUAAAAGGAUUACUUCGAAAUUAUUCCAUAAAUUGUACUUUUACAAAUUAUUAUGAAUAACCAUAAACUGAUCAGUGUCACGAAUAUAGCCUCUAAUUCUAAUCGAGAGUAACUUUACGAUUGUACAUCUUAAUGAUUUCUCUCGGUAAAAGGAUUAAAUAUAAAAUUGUUAAAUAUACGGCUCACGAAUUUCAUCAAAAUAAACCAGGAUUGGUUCAGCGGAAGGCAAGUGGAUUAUAAACGUUACGAUUGAUUGCAAAAUAAUGUUCUUCCCUGUUCUUUUUCAAUUCACGAAAGAUUUAUGUAACAUGUUUCAUCGUGCGUGGAACGGGAAAUUACGGAAGUGUCGCGAUAGUCAAAGAUGUUCAUUCAAUAGAAAUUAAUCGCGUCGUGAAAAACACGUUAAAGUGACUAAGUGUAAAUAUCCAUUAUACGCACGUGCAGUAAGAAGGGAAGCAGAUUCUUCGCUGAAGUUAAAACAAAUAUUGGGAAGAUUGGGUAUUUUUAGGUUGUUCACCUAUGCAGAAACUCCAGAAGCGAUGAAAUUCGUACGAAACUCGGCUGAUUGAUUCUUAUCGUGACUCGUUAAGCGCCACGCGCUUUGAAUUAACGAUCAUUAAUUAAGAAGGGUGCAUGAGUCACCGGUAUAUUGGCGCAUAAGUUCUGAAUAUACAAAGAUCAAUGAAAAAUAUCGAUCGAGGAACACGUCGCCAAGUGUAUUCCCGUCGGUUUCAAUCUUUUCUCUGGUGAAGCGUCUCUCCAUAAUAUCCACGAAAAUUGAUAAACGAACAUGAAAAGUUUGGAGAAACGAUCCACCAAAAAUUUAUAAGUUUCUGAUUCUUAAAUAAUCAACUCUUGAAUAAGCAGUCUGGUCGAUUUAAAAAUUCGCCAAAUGAUUUUUUUUUUUCUUUUUCAUGUACGUUUACUUUAAAUUUUGAUAAAAGUCUCUUUUUCCGGCCAUCGCGGUACAGCAAACGAAAUUUACAAUUAUAUAACUCAAUCCCUAUUUCUGCUUAAAAUUGUCAGCAGAUUAAUGAAACGUUGUGAAGAAGAAAAACAGGAAGUUUAGCAAUACAAGAAUUAGUUUUGUCGAUUCGUGCAUUCAAUACGUACGUUCGAGACGCGUAUUGUGCUAAUAGCGAAACGAUUGAAAGGACAGUGAGAUACCCUCGAUUUUCUUGACUACCUCGUCACAUUCUUCAGACUUUGAUAAAGUUCAGAUGGCCUUCGAAGGAUUAAGUGAGAACCACGAAUUUGACGCGGACGAUCGAGGUGCACAGGUAUCGACUGAGAUUCCAUUGAAACAGACUGAUCGGUUUGGAUCUCGCACGGAAUUACAUCCGUAUAGUAAGCAGUUAUCCAUUUGACUCGAAGUCGGAUGUACCGUAUGUAAUCGUGGCGACGAUUCUGAUUAUGUAAACUGUCAAAUAAAAUGUGUUUAAAGUAAAA